UAAUUCACAUUCUUAAUUAUGUAUUCUAGAGUAACUUGCAAGCAUGCACAUGCUCACAUCAUUUGGAUUCAUGAGCUUUUUCGAGUUAGGUAUCUGUACUUCUAUCAUCUAGUUGGUUCACUGGUUCAUUUACAAGACAAUAUCAAUUAGCUCCUUAUUGGGCUGUUCCUCAGCUUAUAGAUUUUUGUUACAGCAUGGGCAACCAGUAUUGGAACCUUUCUUUCGGAGUUUUAGUAACACUGCCAGCUGAUCAUGACUAUUGUUUUCACAUUUUUCUGUUGAUCAAGAUGAGAAGGAAUGGCUAGGCUACUAAUGAGAAUUUUAUUUAUUAUUUUGUGGUUGAAAUUGGGAUUUUUUUUUUCUCUGAUGUUCUAAAUUUAGAAAUUUGAAAUGGUCAAAUAGCGUUCAACUACUAUUAUUCAAAAACCUGAAAUUGCGGAGAGGAAGUAUGAUAUUUUUUAAUCAGUGAGAAUCACAAAGGAAAAAAAAAGAGUUGUUCCUCAUGCGAUUAAGAGGGAGGCCUAUUCUAUCUAUUUUCAUAGUUAUCUUGUUUGGUAUUUGUGUUUCAGAUGAGUAUAUCCUACCUAAGAUUGCUGAAAGAGACCUACGGCGGUUUGCUAAUUUGCGUUCUACUUCAUCAGAACUAGGACUUAGGCUUCCAUUGGACAAGAUGCCUGUCAAGUGUCCAGUAUCUGGAAUCAUCAAGCAGAGAAAAAUUCAAGGACAAGAUUGCUUGGAGGUUUCCUGGGAAGAAAUGCAUGGGCUUAACACCUCAAUAGUUCCAGCUGAUCUAAUUGAGAGGAUCCUUGGUGAGCAAGUGAAAUUGCUCGUGAAAAUAGCACUGAUGUCAUGCUGUACAGAAUUGCUUUGUCCAUUAUUUAGGUACUGAACCAGAAAAGCCAAAGAUUCAUGAUUUAUGUUCAUUCAAAAGGCAUGAUAGUGGACGACGAGUAUGUAAUUAUAGGGUCUGCAAACAUCAAUCAGCAUUCAGUGAAGGGCUCCAGAGACACUGAGAUUGUAAUGGGAGCCUACCAACCUCAUCAUCCGUGGGCAAGAAAACUAUCUAAUCCACACUAACCUUUAAUGAGAUAUUUAUAUUGAAUUUUUCACAUUUGUUUUAGAAUCUCUUAUUUAUGGAAACAAAAUGAAUCAAAGUUUUUAUGUACGCACUAGUGGAAUAAAUUCUAAAAGGAAGCUAUUAAUAUUAAAAAUAAUAUAGGCUUUCUUUUCUUUUUUUUCUUUCUUUUUUUUUAAUAUUUUUAUUAUA